AUGCAAGACAAGGUUCAAGUUUACCAACUCCGCCCGCUCGGAUGGGAAAACGACCAAGAGGAGGAGCGGAUACCGGCCACCAUUUUCGACUACACUGUCCCCAUGUCAUAUAACGCGUGGGCAAUUUAUUUCAGACUGGACCGUGAGACCAGCCGCCCCAAAGUUGUCAAAGCCCUCAAAGCCGGCCUCGAAAGGACGCUCUCGCAAUGCCGACAGCUUGUUGGCAGACUUGAACUCGACCCCACCGACGACGGAAACUAUUCCUUUGUGAAAAGAAAGGACGACACGGUCGAUUUUAUUGUCGAAUACUGGGACGAUGUGGACGUUCCGUCUUUUGAUCAACUUCAGAAUGCUCACUUUGCAAGCUGCAGCCUUGGCGACGUUGGUCGCUUUGGCGCCCCAGGCAUGGAAUGUGGCCACAACCCAGCGUGCCGCCCUGAGAAUGCGAAUUUCAUACCUGGAGGACUGAUUUUCGUCAUGACCAACCUGCAUGUCUGCCAGGACGUGAUGGGCUGGUACUGGAGCGCCCGUCAACUGGCCGACAACUGCUUUGCCGCUGUGAAUGACACUGCGCCUCCUGCCUGGGAUCCUGCAGCUAUCAGCGAUGGCGAUCGCUUCACGCCCAGACCGCAGAAGGUCGAGAGACCGGUGGAGAAACCGCAAGAAAAUCUCAGUAUAGGGUCGGUUUCGCCCAAGCCAGCCUCUUCGUUGCUCUUCCACCUCUCGAAAAGCAAGGCUAGAGACUUGAAAUCGUUGGCCGCGGGUUCACGGACUGCUUCGUCAGACGCUUCGUCGUCGUGGAUCUCCACAUACGACGCUUUUGUCGCGUUGAUUUGGCGCACAUUGACCAAGCACCGCCGAGGUCUAUACCCCGUCCAAGACGACCAAAGGCCUCUGCUGACGGAAGCCAUCAACCUCCGCUUCAACAACCGCCUGAGCCCGCCCGUGGCCAAAAAGUACCAACGCAACCUGCUGUGGUCCGCCAAGACCACGGACCAUCCGAGCCAGUUCACGGUCGCGCAGGUGGCCGAGACGGAGCCGCUCGGAAACCUGGCCGCCAGAAUUCGGCACAUGACCUCGAGCGUGACGCAGCCGGUGGUCGAGGCCGGCCUGGCGCAGCUCGCCCUCCGCGACAGGGCAGGCCUCGCCAGGAACAUCGGGCAGCUCCCGGCCCUGACCUCGGUCGUGACCGACUGGCGCCGGGCGAGCUUGGAGGGUUGCGAUUUCGGGUUCGGCCGCCCGUCUGCUUUUCGCUGCCUGUCCCGGGGCGCCUCCACCUGCAUGGUUAUCGUCUUUCCGCCACGUGUCGACGGCUCGUUGGGCGAGGAGGAGGGGCCCGAAGUUGCCAUAUCCAUCGAGAACGAGCUUGUGCAUGCAAUUUUGCACGAUGACGACUUCACCCGAUAUUUUGAAUUUAGAGGCUACGAAGUGAGGCAUAAGGACUUGGUGUGA